ACGCCCACCACAUCCAAGUGGCAACUGCUGGUCCCAGCUUCCAGUGCCUUAACUCUCCCAUCCGUGGUGACGUGUGUGCCUGCUGUCUGAACAAGCCCAGGGCAAACUAAAUGCCCUCCUUCCCAGCAGAAAUAAGGAAUAUUUUUAGUUUUUAUCAGUGGAAUAACAGACGAUCGUAGUUGGUGUGACGGAAAAGGUAAUAUGACGAUCUGUUCACUAAGCAAGGUAUUGUUAUUGAAUGUACUACAGUGUAAGUGUGACAGCAGCGAUACCCAUUGCACAAAGCUGCGGUACAGCAGGCCUGAUAAUUGUGAAGCUGAAAAAGUAAAUAAGUCUUAAAUCAAUGGGGCAAACGAUACCAAACUUACGUUAUUAGAAAGGGCGAUAAUCAGAGUUAGUGUAAGGAGAGAGAGCACUGAUGAUUGAUUAAGAAUCUGACUUUGUCAGAAAAAAUGACUUAGUCCUUGUGGAGAGGCCAUCCAUAUCUGAGCCAACGGUAUGAACAACGCUCAUGAUUGCAGAUACUACUACUAACACAUAUUGGUAAAUACACAUAUACUAACAAACAAGUGAAGUACACAGCUGUAUACAAAGUACAGAGAAUGCGAAAGUGACAAGUGUGCGCGAGUGAAGCACUUUAAAUACAGUAAUAUUAACAGUAAUCUUAAUGAUAAUAAUAAUCUUUAUUUCUACAAGUACAUGAUACAACGUAUACAGACCUAUGUUCUUAUGACACUGAUAUAUCAAGCGGAGUGUAAGCAACCUUAUAAUGCCUCUCAUAUCUGUUUAAAUAAAGUAUUCCAGAAGCAACGUAGUGCGUAACGUUGGCCUAAUAAUUACAAUUCUUAUAAAGGGCAACUUUUCACCGAGGGAUAAUGUUUACCAGGUGGUCGACUCGGGUAUAUGUCUUACUUAAGCGUGUUUAAGAGUGUGUUAGUGAGGCAGUACAUCAUCCGGGAGUGCACCACCAAGUGGACCUAUUACACCAAGGAUCAACUCCAACACAGAUUAAACACUUCAAGACGCCACACUGAGGUUGUGGCAGAUCCCCAGCAGGAGGCUGUGGAAGGCAGGAUGGUGGUGUUGCUGGGUCGCUGCGGACUGAAGUGUGGCAAGGCAGUCUUACUCGUCUUCAAUCUCGUUUUCUUCGUGACAGGUGUAGCAGUGAUGGUGGUGGGUGUGUGGUGUGUGGGUGGUGAGGGUCGUGAUGUAAUGCUUGCCCUGGCACCCACACCCACACACACGCCUACACUCAUCCACCUGGCAUAUGGGCUGGUAGGCGCGGGAGGUGUGGUACUGCUGACCUCUGUGUUGGGCGUGUGGGCGGCCCUCAGGGAAAACCAGUGUGGACUCGGGCUGUACGUGACGGUGGUGGUGGUGGUGAUUGCUGGAGAGGUGACCGUGGGUGUACUGGGAGUGGUUUAUCAACUGCGAGCGGUGGAGAGUAUGGCUGCCUCCCUCACCAAUAGACUGAAGGCUCACUACGCUGCUCCCGGACAUGAGACUUUCACCCUUGCCGUCGACUACGUCCAGUACCAACUGCAGUGCUGUGGAGUGGGUGGACCUGGAGACUGGGCGGGGUCUCUGUGGUAUGUGGAGGGUGUGGGUGGCCGUGGGCGUGAGGUACCUCUCACAUGCUGUACCCUCCACCCUGGCCCUUCCGCCCACAUCAACCCAAGUCCCAUCAACGUCACCCUUUGUCAGAGCACCAGUACUGUGUCUCACCAAGUGGCUAGACACCAGCAGGUGGGUGUGGGUGUAAGUGUUGAUGAAUGA